GGAAUGCAGUUCGGUCUGGGUGUCCGCGAAGCAGCUGGGAAGAAAAAAGUUUCUUUCGAAAAGUAAAGUGUGAUUAUUUUGUCUUCCGAAGUCAAAUCGCGGAAGUGUCUGGUCCCGAGCCAUCAUUUUGUGUUAGUGAAAAGGGAACAAAACAACGGGAAGGAUGGUUAGGGAACCUCCUUCGCUGUACAGUUCCUGCCUGCUGGCCUAUGUGCGGAACCUGGAUCAAAUGAUUUCCAAAAGAAUGAGCACCGUAGUCGAUUUACGGAUGCUGCCGACGGCAGUACUGGCUAGCGUCUUGGAACAGAUGUGCAACCACGAUUCACUGAAAUUCACUCUCGGAGCACAUAUAACCGAUGUCCACACCUUCCAAAUGGUAAUCCGACAGGCCUCCCUCAAGCAGAUCAUGUUCAAGUGCGUUCAAAUACUGAUGACGGCCCGGGAACCCGUCGUCACAGAGCUGCGCACCAAAUUCUGUCGAUACACCAGCAUGUACUUUCUGGAGAACGAGCACGUUCCGGCGCUAAAGGAGGCACAACUGGAGGACUUUCUCGGUGCUCACGGUGAGGUACCAUACGUUGAAAGGAUGGCGUUCAUCUGCAUGGACAGUCGACAGUUCACGGCUGCCUUUCUCCAUCAGGCCGACAAUGGCCUCCGGUUGGGGUCGUUUCUCUGCGAGUCUGGCUGGCUGAAGGAGUCACUGUACGUGUUCAAAAUCACACUAACUAUGAUCCAGCUGUUAAGGGCGAGCUAUUUGCGAUCGUUACUAGAACUAAAUUGUUUACAGAAAUUGCUGUGCACACAGACGGCGUACUGUUGCUUUAAGGAAGCGAACAUUACCUGCGCCCAAGCCUUGAACAUUAUCGAUAAGUUGACGCAGGACCGUCAGCGGGCGAGCAGGUUACAGUGCUCGGAAUUGGACGAUGUCAGUGCGAGUAGCAGUAGUAGCAGUAGCGGGAUGAUCAAUUGUUGUAGCAGUAGCAGCAAAACGAGCUUUGUCAUGAGUAGCAGCACCUGUGCUCUGGCUGGCGGUGAUAAUGAUAGGCUUAGUAACAUACCAAACAGUUUGCUCGCGAAUAUUUACCAGCAGAUUUCGGUGCUGCAUUUCUACCGGAGCGAGUACGACCUGAGCUACCGGUGGAGCAUUCGGGCGCUGAAGCACAUCAACCAGAACACUCCGGACAAAAUCAUCGUAGACGUCCUUCGGCAGGUGGCAAAAUCCUGCGUCGUCAAGCGUCAAUUCCAACUCGCCAGUAUGCUGAUCAAGCAAGCGGUCUGUCGGGCACGGACCAGCUUCGGAACGAAUCACCAAAAGUACGCCGAUGCCUUGCUAGAUUAUGGGUUCUUCCUGUUGAACGUAGACUCGAUAGCGAACAGUGUGGCCGUUUACACAGAAGCGCACGAAAUCCUCUGCCGAAUCUUCGGCCAAAGGAAUCUGCACGUUGCAGUGGCCCAUGAAGAUCUGGCGUAUUGUCUGUACGUGCUUGAGUACAGUUCCGGCAAGUUCAACGCGGCUACGGACAAUGUGGAACAGGCGAUAAACAUCAUGAAGGAACUGGUGCCAUAUAAUCACCUGAUGUUGGCUUCGGCCAAGCGGGUGAAGGCGUUGAUCCUGGAAGAGAUCGCCCUGGACACGAUGGCUACCACGAUGGAUUUGAAUAAAUGCAAAAGUCUGCUCUUACAAUCGGAGCAGUUGCAUCGCUCGGCUCUAGAUCUUUCAUUGGAGGCCUUCGGCGAAAUCAAUGUUCAAACGGCGAAGCAUUACGGAAACCUGGGCCGGUUAUAUCAGUCGAUGUCGAGGUUCGAGGAAGCCGAGCAAAUGCACAAACGGGCGAUCAAAAUCAAAACGCACAUACUGGGACCAUAUGACUACGAGGUAGGUCUGUCGAUUGGACACUUGGCGUCGCUGUACAACUAUCACAUGCAGAAGCACCAGGAAGCGGAGGAACUGUACUUGAAAAGCAUCGAAAUAAGUUUGCGGCUGUUCGGCGAGUCGUACUCCGGGCUGGAGUAUGACUACCGGGGGCUGAUUCACAUCUACGAUAUCACCGGCGACCAGAUGCGGUACGAUCAAUAUACGAAUAUUCUGGAUGAGUGGCGGAUGCUGCGGGAAGAGAAUCAAGCUGUGAGGAUCAAUUACCCGGCGAUGAUCAGCGAGGACACCACCAUGGAAGAAGUGACGCGAAAAUUCUUCGAAAUGUGCAGCAACUGCAUCACGGGAAGUGUUCCGCUCAGCGAGAGCGACGGUAGCAUCAAUCACAACCUGCUGGAGGCGGACGGCGUGCGGCCUGAGUGUGUCUGCGGAAACGAUUGUGCCGGAGACGAUGAGGAGGCCGCAGCACUUGCUCCCGUUGGGGCCGUGUCGGCCCAGCAACCAUCCGCCGCCGAUGAGAUUCUGCGAAGUGCAUGAUUCUAGUUUUUAGGUAGAUUCUAAUUUUUUGAGGGCCGAAGGGUGGCUUCUCAAUUCGAAACGAAAUCAUCACUCGAAACAUCACACUACUCUGUAGGUAUUGCAGUAAUGAAUCAUAGUGACAGUGAAGAAGCACAAUUGCUGAUUAAGGCACAUAGAGAAGGAUUAAUCAGUUUUGUGUGCCCAGCUUUUUUUUUUUCAAUAUUGAUUUCAAAGACAUGUACUUCAGUAGUUUUAUAAUGCAUUGAUACCCAGCGCAAAGGACUCGAUAUGUAUUACUAUUUGGAUUACAACUAGAAUGAAAUAUUUCACAGAAGGACAACGCAGCUUAGUUGAUUGAAAAUCGACUGCUUUUACUAGAAAUUCGACGGCUAGGAGUACGUGAAAGCCGCCAGCAACGCGUUAAUUUAGAAGAAGAUGAAUAUUUUUCCCAGAUCACAUUCUUUUUAUUGUGCUUCGUCAAGCUUGUGAUGAUGAUGGGGAUAGCUAUUGCUAAGUUUGAAAGAAAUUUCCUCCACAAUCUAUUAACUUUAGAAGCGCUCAAACACAAUUGCUUUUAUGUUAAUGACUAAUUACUACAUCACAAAUAAAAGAGAUAUCUAAAGAAGUAAAAGGAAAUACGAAAGGCAGAAUUAUAUUAGUAGUAAUAGAAGCAAAUUUUAUUCAAUUAUGGAAUAACAAUGCAUGAUUUGCUUGGCUAAAAAUA